CCGUCACCGCGUUUGUCAUGCAUUGCCUACGUUCAAAGCCUGAAGCUGGGCGGAAAGAGGGAGAGAUGCGGUGCCGAAGCUAGAAUUGGUUGCUGAUGGUGAUGAAGGCUCUAAAGAUGGAGCCCGUGGACCUAAACCGCAAGAGAGAAAGGUGGCAGUUGGCGUGCCCGGUAUGGAAUCCCUCGUGGGGAUCCGCCAGAUUUUCUCGCAGGAAUUGGAGCAGGUUGGGCGGGUGUACCUCUAUGGGCGUUAAUGUUUAGCAGUGGCUUUUGCGGGCUUUUUCAUAUGGUGAAAAGUCGCAAUGCAGGUCACCCGCAGGAGUUUGGUGCGAUUGAAAGGCAGUCGCUGAGUUUGCCUGAAAAGCGAUAGCACUCCCUCUGUUUCUCGCAGUAUUGAUGACAGCCUGACUUUAGAGCUGAUCUGGAAGAGUUUCUCUGGCAGGCUGAACUAUAGUCGGCUGAGUCUGUGCCGAUGUCUUGCAAUCCUCAGUGCCUAGCCAGUUUCUGUGGAGGAGAGAAUGUGGACUAGCCAGUGCAGACUGACAGAUGUGCCAAAGAGAAUGUGCUGGGUGGUGUUCAUAUGUUGUGUGUGCUACAAUCUGUAGUGUCAGAUGAGUGAUAGCCGAGGAAUUGACCCUCCUCGAAUCUUGUUGAGACCUGCCUCAGAUGUCUUCGCCCUUCCGACGCUUGAAUGAUGGCAGACUUCUGGUAGCUCGUCGCAGAUCUAUCCGGUACCACCAGCAGUGCAGAAGUAGCUGGGAGUUGCGCAGAUUGUGCCUGUUAGUCUCGAAGCGUUUUUAGUUGUGCACUGGUAUUCAAGAGAAUGCUGAAGAAUCUUAAUCGGUUCUCAAGGGUUUUCCCGAAGCCGGGAAAUGUGGUCGUUGGGAGCUUGCCAAACGGUUGCUGUAUGGUGAAGCAAUAAUGGAAAUGUACUCUCAUUAUUUAUCUUCACGACUGAAAUAGUUAGAGGAAGUAAGCCUAACACGAAUAGAGGAAAAAGAACAACAAAAUGGGGGGAGUAAAACAAUUUCAACAGUAUCCAGGCUUAGAAGAUGAUAUUAGAGAUCUCCGGUAUGCUCUCUCAGGUCUAUUUCCGAAUGAGAGGAAAGUGGUCGAGAUCCUAGGCAAGAGGAGCCAAGCGCAUCGAGAGAGCAUUGCCGAGGGUUACAAGCUCUUGUUUGCUGAAAGCUUGCCUAAACGCCUCAAGGCGUCCAUGAGUUGCAAAGCUGAGAGAUGUCUGAUGCUGUGGAUGAUGGAUCCGUCGGAGCGAGACGCUGUGCUUUUAUACGAAGCUUUGAGUCAAGGGGGUCCUAAGAAGGAUCGUGCAGUGAUUGGAAUGCUGUGCACACGAUCCUCCGCACAACUAUACCUGAUAAAGCAAGCCUACUACAGUGUGUUCUGUCAGACACUCGAAAAUCACCUUGACGGCUCAGGGUUUGUCUUCCCAGAGCCCCAGAAUAAGAGAAAAUGGGCAUUUUGGAGAAGCGCCGAACCUAAGGUGGAGGACCCACCGAAGAGACAGCUUGCUAUUACAAAGCUCUUAUUGGCGCUUGCGCGCGGCAGUCGACCCGAAAACACAACCGUGGAUCGCCACAUUGCUUUAACUGAUGCACAUCAACUCAAUAAAGUGUGCUCUGGAAAGCUGGGUAAUGAGGAGACUCUUAUUCGAAUCUUCAGCACCCGGAGCCCAUACCAGCUGACGGCCACCAUGAACUUCUACGAACAGCAUUACGGUCAUGACUUCGAAAAGGCUUUGAGCAAGAAAGAUGCAGGAGAGUUUUUACAGGCGUUGCGAGCAGUCGUGCAGUGUCUCCGUCGACCUUCCGAAUUCUACGCCGAGGACAUCAUAACCGCGUUAUCAAAAGGGAACGGGCCCGUGGAUGAAGACACCCUGGUGCAGAUAAUCACUACUCGAGCGGACGUGGACAUGCACAUGAUCAGGAUAGAGUUCAUGAAAGAGUGCAAGAGGGCGCUGGAGCAGGUGAUAAGCGAGCGAGCGAUGGGCGUCAUCGGCCAGUUUCUAGUCACCGCCAUCAGACAAAGAGACAUGGUUUUCAACUCCAGGCCCACCUCGGAAGGCUCCACAAACUCCUAUUACACCAACCCACUCUCCACCGGAUCGCGACAAUCCUCCGACAGAUCCCAACCUGACACUUUCCACAGCGGCAGCCAGGGAUCCAGCGGCACAAACUCGUCUCACAACUCAUUCACCUCGAAAUCGAACCAGCACGCAAUUGUGAGUGCGUCAGGCUCAUAAGACAGAUAUCCACCUCUCUCUCUCUCUCUCUCUCUCUUUCUUCUACUGAUCCAACCCGUGUGGAGGUCUCCACACUUCCUUGUACAGCGGGACAACUUUUCCACUCCAUCCACAUCCCACACGAUGCUUUCCACCGAAAAUCUAAAGCAUCGCCGUUUUCAUGGCGCAAGUUGAGUCCUUUUCCCCAAGACAGUUGUGUGUGUUUUUUUGCGGCUGCUGUGCUUAAGGAGAGGUGUAAGCUUUGUCAAUGGAGGUUCGCACAGCAGCACUUCUCUACUUUGCUCAUGAGAACCGUGUAGCUGUUCAUUUUUUAUUAUUAUCAUUAUGUUAUUAUGCAACAGAAAUGGGGCACCUUCAAAAUUCCUCGGAAACGCCACCGGACUUGUAGAGCUCAAACUGCCCAUGUACUUGUAGUUAGAAACCCAACCUUUGGAGGCGCUGGUGGUGGUGUAAAGCUUUUAGCUCCAUUUGUGAUAUCAAAGUUAGCAGUGAAACUCAAGCUGGGUUUUAUGUUCU